AUGGCCGAGACCUUUGCAGUAGAGGUAACAGUCUUUGCGCAUGCGCCUGUCACGCUCCUGCGGGCUCAGCUGCUGUGGGCUCAGCGUCCCAGCUGCAUGGGCUCUUCAAUGCUGGGUUCUGGGGGCUUGGGGCUGGACUGUGGUGACUCCGCUGCGCAGGUUUUCGACAGUUAUGGAUUAUCAUACGCAUUGAGAUCGGAACUGUCAGAGGAUGCUAUAUUGGUGGCCAACAAUGGAAUACGCGUGCCUUUCGGGAGAGCAGUAUUCAUUGAUCCUAUCAAUGAUCUGGUAAUCCAAGUACAACCGGGAGACAGAUGUAGUAUAACGGUUCUGGAUAACGACCCGCUCUCCCAGAGGCCCGGGCAGCUCUCUCCCAAAAAGUUUCCCUGUGAAUUUGGUCCCAAUGACGUAAAGUAUUCUCACUUCGGAUCCAGGAGCCCCCCGCGGGAUAGGGUGAGGCUACAGCUCAGAUAUGACACUCAUACCGACACCAUAAUCAUCCCGUUUAUGAUGGAAGUGGAGGUGAUUUUCACACAGUUGGAAGUGUUAACCAGAAACAUGCCUCUGACUGUUGACAAACUGCUUGGCACUAGUAACUCCAUUGACAGUAAGAUUCUGGAGUUCACCUAUGAUAGAAGUGAACAUCAGUGUAAAAUAACGUCUCUCUCCAGUGGCAGUGCAUUACCCAGGUAUGGGAAGCUUGUGGAUGAGAGAAAACUUGGAAAAAUGGUGGACUGUGACGAAUUUAUUAAAAUGAAUAUACGCUAUCAGCACACUUUUGCACACAAAUCACCCAAUAGAGAUUAUUUCCCAAUGAUUGUGGAAUUACAAGAUAAAGAGGGUAAUCUGCUGAAGCAGGAGUUUUUCCAGAUGAUGGUGCGUAUAAAGGAUGGAGAGGAAAACACGGAUCCUAAACCCAGCUUCGUGGCCAUGAUGAUGAUGGAGGUGGAUCAGUUUGUCAUGACAGCCAUCACCCCCGACAUGCUGGCUGCUGAGGACAUUGAGUCUAACCCUGACAACCUUAUCUUCAACAUCACCUCCCCCCUCUCCUUCGAGGAGGGGUACAUAGUCAGUACAGAUGACCGGAACCUGCCCAUCACCUCUUUCUACCAGGGAGACCUCAAAGAACUAAAGAUAGCCUACAAGCCUCCGUCUGUGGACUCUGAGACAGAACGUAUCUUCCAGAUAGAGUUUGAGGUGGUGGACACUGAGGGGGCUGUGUCUGACCCGUUUGCCUUCAUGAUUGUAGUGAAACCUAUGAACACGCUUGCUCCAGUAGUCACCAGGAAUACGGGUCAGCUUCUCUACGAGGGUCAGUCCAGACCACUGUCCAGCUCUCACAACCUAGAGGUCAGUGACGAGGACAACCUGGAUGAUGUCAAGAUCACGGUGGUCGACGGGUUGCGGCAUGGCCAGCUGACAGUGCUCGGGUCACGCAGGAAGUUCUUCACCCCGGCUGAUCUGGACGGAGGCGUGGUCAUCUACCAGCACGAUGGCAGCGACACGUACAGCGACAACAUUAUCUUCCGGAUGACGGAUGGGAAGCAUGAGGUGGAGUUCCUGUUUCCCCUGACAAUCGUUCCCACGGAUGAUGAGCCACCCAUUAUCAAUGCCAACACGGGGUUAAUCCUCUUCAAGAACCAGAUGAUGCUCAUUUCGCCACUCACACUCAGCGCUGCAGACAUCGACUCUGAGGACUCCACUAUCAGGUUCGCCAUAGAGGCACCGUUUUCGCCUAUAGGGGAGGUGCUGCUGAGGCAGUCAGAAGCCCCAGAGGACCCAUCCACCUGGAGGUUUAAUGCUGAGGAUGAGCUGUAUGAGAAAGAGGUUACAGAGUGGCUGCAGCAGGAUAUCACAGAUGGGAAGUUGUUUUACAGACACACAGGGCCUCACAGCACUGACACAGUCAUGGACCAGUUUGUAUUCCGGGUCCAAGAUGAUAAUGACCCCCCUAACCAAUCAAAACAGAGCUCGUUCAUCAUCAAGGUUCUGCCUGUGGAUGACAUCCCCCCUGAGCUGUAUCCUGGUACCACCCUCCAGAUGACCGUACACGAGUACCAGCUCACCUACUUCCGUAAGAAGUUUCUACGCUACACUGACCUGGACUCAGAGGACAGAGAUCUGAAGUACACCGUCACCCACCCCCCGACAGACACAGACGAGAACAGCCCUGUGGUACUGGGGUCUAUUGUGUUAACAGAGAGUCCAGACACUGUAGUGACUGAGUUUACUCAGGCUCAGGUCAAUCACCAUAAGAUAUCAUACAAACCACCUGACCUGGAGCUGGGGAUCACAGCCCAUGUUCUGCAGCUCCAGUACACGGUGGAGGAUACGUCAGGGAAUACUGUCACCGGAACUUUCUCUAUAUUCCUGCAGCCUGUCGACAACAAGCCGCCUCAGAUAACCAACACUGGCUUCACUAUAUUCGAGCGGGGAACACACAAAAUCACCAGAGCUGAGCUGGAUACUGUGGACUUAGACACGGACAGUAGCCAGAUCUCCUUCACUCUAACUCAGCCCCCUCAGCACGGCACGGUCCAGUACACCUUCACCGACCUGACCAAAGGAGACGCGUUCAACCUGUUGGACAUCGCUAACGACAGGAUCUCCUACAUCCACAACGGAGACGAGUCCACCAGCGAUUUCUUCCAGCUGGAUGUCAGUGACGGCGUCCAUGUUGUGACCAUCACCAUCAGGGUUACCGUGAAGCCCAUUGAUGACGAGACCCCGACCAUCAGCCUACCGGCCGGAACCAUCGGGUCCUACAUUGACGUCCUGGAGAACGGAGCCACUGAGAUCACGACUAAAGUCAUCCAGGGGCGGGACGAGGACACAGACGACCUCCGUUUGACCUUCAUCCUGGAGGACCCACCGGUUUUCGGGGAGAUCCUGGUGAACGGGGUCCAAUCUGGAAGCUUCACCCAGGCUGACGUCAUCAACGGACUGGUGGUGUACGCCCACAACAGCGGAGAGAUCGGCCCCACCACUAAAUACGACUACUUUAAUCUGACGCUGACAGACAUGUCUGAUGAGUGGACGGUAGGGGGCAACAGGGUCACGGGGGUCAGGGUACAGAUCACCAUCCUCCCCAUGGACAGCCAGGCUCCAGAGGUGUUCGUAGGCCCACAGUUCACUGUUGUAGAGGGAGAGAAGAAUGUGAUUGAGAUUUUUCACAUUAGCGCUGAUGAUAUGGACACUCCUAAUGACGACCUGCUUUGUACCAUCAUCGUCCAGCCCACGUCAGGCUACGUGGAGAACAUCUCCCCGGCCCCAGGCUCAGAGAAGUCCAGAUCUGGGACAGCGAUCAGUGCAUUCACCAUCAAGGACAUCAGACAAAACCACAUCUACUACGUCCAAAGCAUCCAUAAAAGAGUGGAGCCGGUAGAGGACAGGUUCACGUUCAGAUGCUCUGACGGCAUCAACUUCUCCGAGAGACAUUUCUUCCCCAUUGCUAUCAUCCCGUCUAACGAUGAGAAGCCAGAGAUCUAUAUGAGGGAGUUUGUCGUCAUGGAAGGGAUGAAUAUCGUCAUCGACACACCCAUCCUGAACGGAGCCGACACGGACAUCCCCUCGGACGAACUCACUUUCAUCAUCACCAAACCACCAAAGCACGGCUUCAUCCUCAACCAGCUGACAACCGGCACCGUUACAGUCACCAACUUCACCCUGGACCAGAUCAGGGAAGCCUCCAGUAUAGUGUAUGAACACGAUGACUCGGAGACCAAGGAGGACAGCUUUGACUUAAUCCUGACGGACGGUAAAUAUACCGUGGAGAAGACCAUCAUUGUUAUGAUUAUCUCUGUAGAUGACGAGACACCCAGGAUGGCCAUCAACGACGGUUUGGAGAUAGAGAUAGGAGACGUUAAAGUGAUCGAUAACAACGUUUUAAAAGCCACCGACCUGGACUCUGAGGAUAGUACUCUGACGUACGUUGUUCGCUACGGGCCGGGCCAGGGGUUGUUACAGAGGAGAACCCCUUACGGGACGUUAGAGAACAUCACAGUGGGGAUGAACUUCACCCAGUACCAGCUGGACCAGGCUCUCAUCGUCUAUAUCCACAACGGGCAGGAAGGAAUCCGGGACCUUAUCAAGUUUGACGUGACGGACGGGAUCAACCCUCUGAUCGAUAGGUACUUCUACGUGACGGUGGGCGGCAUCGACAUGGUGUUCCCUGACGUGGUCAGUAAGGGGGUCUCUCUGAAAGAAGGCGGUAGAGUAACGUUGACUACAGACCUGCUCAGCACCAGUGACCUCAACAGUCCCGACGAACACCUGGUUUUUACCAUCACCAGAGCCCCACAGAGAGGCCAUCUGGAGUGUACCGACGGCCCUGGAAUGCCCAUCUCCUCCUUUACCCAGCUCCAGCUAGCUGGGAGCAAGGUGUACUACAUCCACACGGCCGAUGAUGAGGUGAAGAUGGACAGCUUUGAGUUCGAGGUCACCGACGGUUACAACCCUGUGUUCCGCACGUUCCGUGUCUCCAUCACCGACGUGGACAACAAGAAACCUGUUCUAACGGUUCACAGCCUGGUGGUUAACGAGGGAGAGAACAAACUCAUCACGCCCUUCGAGCUGACCGCAGAGGACCGCGACACGGCUGACCCCCUCCUGAAGUUCACGGUCACCCAGGUCCCUGUCCACGGUCGCCUCCUCUUCAACAACACCCAUCCCGUCACCUCCUUCACCAAACAAGACCUGAACGAGAACCUCAUCAGCUACAAACACGACGGUACUGAGUCCUCCAAGGAUUCUUUCUCCUUUACCGUGACUGACGGGACGCACACCGACUUCUACGUGUUCCCAGACACCGUGUUCGAGACGCGGCGCAGCCAGAUGAUGAAGAUCACGAUCCUGUCGGUGGAUAACGGGGUGCCCCAGAUCGUGGUGAAUAAAGGGGGCCCCACCCUGAGGGUGUUAGAGACGGGUCACCUGGGGUUCCUCAUCACCUCUAAGACUCUUAAGGCCGAGGACAGGGAUAGUCUUCAGCUAUCUGUCACCUUUAAGAUCACCGUGGGACCAGAACAUGGAUACCUCAUCAACCUGGGUACAGGCAACACUACCGUCACCACAUUCACUCAAGCUGAAAUUGAUGACAUGAAGAUUUGCUACGUGCUAAGAGAUGGUCACAAUGCUACGAGCGACAUCUUCUUUUUCUCCAUUGAGGACAAUGGAGGCAACAGGCUGAAGAACCAGGUGUUCAGGCUGAACUGGGCCUGGGUCUCCCUGGAGAAGGAGUACUAUGUGGUGGACGAGGAGGCCAAGUAUCUGGAGGUGGUCCUCAAACGACGAGGAUACCUGGGAGAGACAUCCUUCGUCAGCAUCAGCACCACCGAUGGUACUGCGGAGAAGGAUAAGGACUUCCGUGGUAAAGCCCAGAAGCAGGUCCAGUUUAACCCAGGUCAGACCACGGCCACAUGGAGGGUGAGGAUCCUGCAGGAUGGAGUGUACGAGCAGUCUGAGACCUUCCAGAUUGUUCUAUCAGAAUCUGUCAUGGCUGCCCUGGAGUUCCCUGACACAGCCACUGUGGAGAUCCUCGACCCAGCUGAUGAGUCGACAGUGUUCAUCCCGUCUGCAGUCUACCCUAUAGAGGAGGACAUUGGGGAGCUGCUGAUCCCAGUGCGCAGGAGUGGUGAUGUCACACAGGAACUCAUGGUCAUCUGCUACACACAGCAAGCCACAGCUACAGGGACCAUCCCCUCUACAGUCCUGUCCUACUCUGACUACAUAUCCAGACCUGAGGAACACAACAGUGUCCUGCGCUUCGAUAAGGGCGAGACGGAGAAGUCCUGUCGUGUGGUGAUCAUAGAUGACUCUCUGUAUGAAGAGGAGGAGAGCUUCAACGUUACCCUCAGUAUGCCCAUGGGAGGCCGUCUGAGACAGGAGUACCACACUGCCAGGGUCACCAUCAUACCUGACCUGGACGACGCUCCAGUAUUCUACUUCGGAGGCACAGACUACCAUGUGGAUGAGAGUGAUGGUUAUGUGGAGGUCAAGGUGUAUAGGACAGGCACUGACCUCUCUAAAACAGCCACGGUCACUGUACGCUCCAGGAAAACAGACCCUGUCUCUGCUGAAGCCGGUGUGGACUACGUCGGCAUCAGCAGGAACCUGGACUUUGCCCCGGGGGUCAGCCAGCAGACGUUCAGGGUUACCAUCCUGGAUGACCUGGGUCAGCCGGUGCUGGAGGGGACCGAGACAUUCGAGCUGAUCCUCCGCAUGCCCAUGAACGGCAUCCUGGGAGAACCGGGGAAGGCCACCAUCCUCAUCAACGACUCCGUCUCUGACCUGCCCAAGGUGCAGUUCCAUGAUGCCAUGUACAUGGGGCAUGAGAACUCAGGUCAGAUCUCAGUCGUGGUGUAUCGUAGUGGAGACAUCAGUUACAGGUCAACGGUCCGCUGUUACACCAGACAGGGCACCGCUCAGGUCAUGAUGGACUUCAACGAACGACCCAACACAGACGCUUCCAUCAUCACCUUCCUACCAGGGGAGGUGGAGAAGCCGUGUGUUCUGUCUCUGGUUGAUGACACGGAGCAUGAGGAGGAGGAGGAGCUGAGGCUGGUGUUGGGGUCGCCCCGCAGUGAGUCUCCGUUCGGAGCGUCCAUCGGGAAACAGAACGAGACUCUGGUCAAGAUCAAGGACGAGGCAGACAAGGCCAUCAUCAAGUUUGGGGAGACUAAGUUCAGUGUGAGUGAGCCUAGCGGGGCAGGCCAGGUGUCCAUGGUGAAGAUCCCAGUGCUGAGGGUAGGAGACACCUCCAAGGUCUCUGUGGUCCGCGUCCACACCAAGGACGGAUCAGCCACCUCCGGAGAGGACUACCAUCCUGUAUCUGAAGACAUUGAGUUCAAGGAGGGUGACACAGAGCACUACGUCGAGGUGGAGAUCUUGUAUGAUGGAGUCAGAGAGAUGAGAGAAGCCUUCACUGUCCACCUGAAACCUGAUGAGAACAUGGUGGCUGAGACGCAGAUGAGUAAGGCCAUUAUCUACAUAGAGGAGACCAACAGCAUGGCGGAUGUCACCUUCCCCUCCGUCCCCCAGGUGUUCUCCUUACUGCAGUAUGACGACACCUCCAGGGCCAGAAACACCCCUUUGGUGGCAGGCUACCCCGUCGUCUGUGUCACGGCUUGUAACCCUAAGUACCCUGACUACGACAAGACUGGCUCCAUCUGCAUCAGCGAGCACAUCAAUGACACGCUGACACGCUAUCGAUGGUUGAUCAGCGCUCCAACCAGCCUGGACGGGGUCACCAGCUCCAUGAGAGAGGUGGACUUUGAUACCUUCUUCUCCUCCUCCAAGAUCAUCACCUUGGACUCUGUCUAUUUCCAGGCUGGCUCUAGGGUGCAGUGUGCAGCCCGGGCUGUGAACUCUAACGGAGACGAUGGCCUGGAACUCAGCAGCUCCAUAGUCUCCAUCAGUAUAGAGAAUGGUAUGUGCCAGCCUCGUGUGGUGGGUACAGUGGGCGCUGAGCCCUUCUCUGCCAAGCUACGCUACACCGGAGCAGAGGACCCAGACCACCCCAACCUCAUCAAGAUCACUGUCACCAUGCCACACAUAGACGGCAUGCUCCCCGUGGUCUCCACCCGUCCUCUGUCUAACUUUGAGCUGACGUUGAGUCCUGAUGGUACUCGUGUGGGGAACCACCGCUGUUCUAACCUGCUGGACUUCACCGAGGUCAAGACCCGCCACGGCUUCAUCACAGACGCCACCAAGAACCCUGAGGUGAUCGGGGAGACCUCUCCCUACCAGUACAGCGCCCCCCUGAGGGGAUCCAGCAUACUGCGCUUCUACAGGAACCUCAACCUAGAGGCUUGUCUAUGGGAGUUCACUAGUUACUAUGACAUGUCUGAGCUACUGUCAGACUGUGGAGGGACCAUCGGUACAGACGGACAGGUGUUGAAUCUGGUCCAGUCCUAUGUGACCCUCCGGGUGCCCCUCCACGUCUCCUAUGUGUUCCACUCCCCGGUGGGGGCAGGGGGCUGGCAGCAUUUUGACCUGCAGUCUGAGCUACGACUCACCUUUGUAUACGACACUGCCAUCUUGUGGCGGGACGGCAUCGGCAGCCCUCCUGAGGCUGAGCUACAAGGAGCCCUGUACCCCACCAGUAUGCGUAUCAACGAACAGGGUCGUCUGGUGGUCAACUUCAGAACAGAGGCUCGAUUCAGAGGACUGUUUGUCAUAUCACACUCUGCGUCCUCUCUGUCGUCCAUGGUGAUGUGUGCGGACCACCCUGGGGUGACCUUUAACCUCAGCCUGGUGAGGAGCGAGCCCACCUACAACCAGCCCAUGCAGCAGUGGACCUUCACAUCAGACUUCGCUGUGCGUGACUACUCAGGUACAUACACAGUGAAGCUGCUGCCCUGUACCUCUCCCCCCAGUCUGGAGUACUCCCUGCCUCCUGUCUGUAACCCCAGAGAACCUGUCACCUUCGACCUGGACAUACGCUUCCAGCAGGUGAGUGACCCGGUUGCGGCUGAGUUCAGUCUGAACACUCAGAUGUUGCUGCUGUCUAAAAGAACUCUGUGGCUGUCUGAUGGAUCCAUGGGCUUCGGACAGGAGAGCGACACAGCCUUCUCACAAGGGGAUAUGAUCUAUGGCAGAGUGAUGGUGGAUCCAGUCCAGAACCUGGGAGAUUCCUUUAUCUGUAACAUAGAGAAGGUGUUCCUGUGCACCGGCGCGGAUGGAUACGUGCCCAAGUACAACCCCAACAACAAUGAGUAUGGCUGUCUGGCUGAUGCUCCCUCGCUGCUCUACAGAUUCAAGAUCAUCGAUAAGGCCCAGCCAGAGACCCAGGCCAGGUUGUUUGGUAACGUGGGGUUCAGGGCUCUGCUGGCUGUAGACGACCCUCAGGCCCUGGCCCUGGUCAGACAGCCUGGAUCUGACGGCUUCAGCAUGGACUCUACAGCACUGUUCCAGGUGUCAGCAGGGAGAGAGUGGUUCAUCCACACCAUCUACACUGUCCGCUCCAGAGAGAACGCCAACAGGGGCAUCGGGAAGAGAAGUCUGGAGUACCACACACUCAUCCAGCACAGCAGAGGACUGUCACUGUCCCAGUCCCAAUCUCGCUCCAAGCGGUCAGCAAACGGGGUGCCAGACCUAACAGAGGACAUCGGCCUGGACAACAACCGUGGCACCAACAUUCUCCAUAUCUCCCUGGACCUCAGCCGCCAGCGCCGCACCAGCCCUGACCGGGAGGUCCUCACUCGGGGUGUGGUGCCCAGGGAGCUGAACCAUCCUGUGGAGAGCGAGGACAGCCUGGUCUUGAUCAUAGGGAUCCUGGUGGGCCUCCUCCUCACCAUCCUCAUCAUCAUCGUCAUAGUGCUAACCGUACGGUCCAGACAGGAAAAGAAGAAGAUGGAGGUUCCCACGGCAACGUCAUGCUCCACUGAGCCCAUGAUGACAUCAGGGUUCACUAGCGGUGGCUUGGACAGCUCAGAGGUCUGAUAGACAGACAGACUUCGACAUGACCACUGAGACAGACAGACUGACUGACAGAUAGACAUUCACCACAGAAAAAUAAACGCUGACAGAUAUAUUUUUUAUUUUUUAUGUGCCUAUUUUUUUUAUUUUUACAUUGGGACAUAAAGAGAGGGAGGAGACAACUGAAACAACACAAUCAACAAUGAGAGUUUAGUUCCGUACAAAAACCUACUUGAAAUAUUGCAGCUCUUCUGCUCUGCUGUAGGGGAGACCAUAGAGGUAAAACAAUCUAUCUCUAUGGGGAGACAGCCCCAACUAGGGAAGUACCUGUAACCUGUUCUGUUUAAGGCACUUGCCCACGUUUAUUAUUGCUUUGUUUUAUGAUGUCACACUUGAUCCCAAAAAUGUUUAUGAUUUGUCCAAAGGUGCUAAAGCAGCAGAUGCCUCUGUCCUGUAAGAUGGAUGGUGGUCCAGUGAGUUGGUAAAAGACCAUGUAGCAGGGCUAUUCAGCUCCAGGCCUGUAGGGCAGCAACACUGCUGGUUGUCUUUUCUACCUUGUAGUUAAUUGAUUGACUGAUUGACUGAUUAAUGUUACUGAUUGGCUAGAGAGUCCCACAAUGUAACCACAAAGAAUGAAAGCCAGAAGUGUUUCUACCUUCCAGGCCCAGAGUCGAAUACCGGUAUUCCUGGUAUUCAGGAUUCAGUAUGAACGCAAAAUUGUCAUAGAACUGUCAUAGUUGUUAAUGUGUAUGUUUGUUAUCCCGUGUCAAGCCACUGUCAAUAGUCUGCUAACACUGGGAAUAUGUUCUACUGUAAUGUCCUACUAUAAUGUCCUACUGUAAUGUCCUAUUGUAGCUCUCUGUCAGACCUGAGUUCAAACACUGUUUGAAAUCUUUCAAAUAUGUUUGCUUUAGCCUGCCUGGAGUGCCCAGUGGGACUUUUAUAUUGGUUCCAUUACAACAGGCAAGCUCAAUUGAUCACAGCGUAAGUAUUUUACAGGAUUUAAAAUAGUAUUUGAACCCAGGUCUGCUCUCUGUACUGAAGUAUGGAGACUGAUUCAUGUUGAAGUUCAACAGGUGCCUAAGAAUCCACUGGAUGUUAUACUGUAAUAUGCAUCCCAAAUGGUACCCUAUUCCCUAUUUUGCACUGUAAGUAGUGCACUAUUUAGGGAAUAGGGUGUAAUUUGAGAAAAGUGCUUAGAUUGUUUCUAUCACAUGGCUAUUCUAUGUGAUGUAUAGGACCCCUACAGUAGGUGCUAAAGAAACACUUUCUAUUUGUUUUGUAUGUAUUAAUGUUUAUCAUUUGUGCCUGCCUUUGAUUUUAUAAUUGUUUAAACUUGUAUAAUACUAUGUAAAGCAGGUUUGGGGGAAAUUGUGGGGGGAAAUGUGUCAAAUCUACUGUAGGUAAUUCAGACUUUUUCUAUCCAGAGUUCCAAGUUUAUCACACAUUGUUUUUCGGAUAAUUGUUCUCUCAAUAGUCUCAAAAUCAUGGUUGUAGUGACUUUCUAUGGGUCCGUCCCAAAUGGCACACUAUUCCCUAUUUAGUGCACUACUUUUGUUCAGCGUCCAUAAGGAAUUAGGGUGCCAUAUAGGGAAUAGGGUGCCAUUUUGGACACAUACUAUAUCAGUGUGGUCCUGUAUUUGAAUAUAUACAGUACAGCACUGAAUUGAAUGAUCUAAUGAGAAAAGGUACUGUAUAUCCAGUAGGGAAGAGUGGGGUAAGUUGACCCAUUUUUUUACAUUCAGCAUCACUCCGUCAAGGGAAAU